CAGAACUUUACUUGUCGUUGAUUGGUCAUUGAGGAGGAAGUAACUGGAUGUAACAGUGUUAGCUUGAGUUGCUAAGACCGGGGAAAAAGCGGCUCAAAGUUUGUGUAAAAAUAGGUAUGUAGUUGAAGUCUCAGACACUCUGCUGGACAGAUAUCACUGCUGGAGAACAGAAAAUCCAGAUCAAAUGACCUCUAGAGCAUGUGAAGGUUGAAGGCAAGGAUUGUGAAAAGGAGAAUCCCAAGUGGAGUGAGGAUGACUGAGACGAUGAAGGUUGAAGCAGAUGAACCUGGGGGGCUCAGCUUGGAGCCUCCUCUGCCUGCAGCAUCCACAUCAGAACCGGAGGAGGAAACACAAGACAGCAAAGAUCUCAUGUUUCCACUCCAUCAGAUGUUGGUGGUCAAAGCAGAAGUUCCCCAUGACUGGAACUCCAGUUUGGACCAGCAGGACCCAGAGCCCCCCCACAUAAAGGAGGAAGUGGAGGAACAAUGCAUCAGUCAUAAGGAAAUGCAUCUUACUGUGAAGAGGGAAGAUGAAGAGAAAACUGAGUUAUCAGAGCGUCAUCACAUCAAGACUGAAGACAGGAGGUCAGCUGAACAGCUGGAAACACAACCAGAACCAGAUAGGAACCCAGAUCUAGUACGUCCCAAUCAGAAAAGUAAGCUAAUGGUUCAUAGAAGAGGUAAAAGACAUAAACUAUGUUCCAAACUUUCACCUAAGGGUCACACGAGAGAGAAAUCAUUCGGUUGUGAUGUUUGUGACAAACGAUUUAAACGUGAGACUAAUUUUAAAUUACACAUGGUGAUUCAUAAUGAGAAAAUAGAACACAUCUGCAAUAUUUGUAGUAAAGGAUUUAAAGUAAAGCGUUCUCUUGAGACGCAUAUGAGACGACACACUGGAGAGAAGCCAUUUGCGUGUGAUGUUUGUGGUAGAAGGUUCCAUGCAAAGAGUAAUCUCACAAGUCACCUGAAGGUCCACUCAGAAGAAAAACCCUUUUCUUGUGAUGUUUGUGGUACAAGGUUUAUGAGAAACGAAAAUCUCAAGAGGCACAUGUGGAUCCACACGACAGAGAAACCAUUUGUUUGUAGUGUUUGCAGUAAAGGAUUCUCACUGCAGCAGAGGCUUGAAACUCAUAUGCGCGCUCACAAGGGAGAGAAACUGUUCAUGUGUAGUGUUUGUAGUAAAGGAUUUUCCCGACAUGAGAAUCUAAAAAGACACAUGCGCAUACAUACAGGCGAGAGGCCGUUUAUCUGCAGUUUUUGCGGUAAAGGAUUUUCACUACAAGAGACACUGAAGAGUCACAUGCGUGUUCACACAGGGGAGAAACCGUUCAUUUGCAGUAUUUGCAGUCAAGGAUUUUCUCUCCAGCAGAAUCUAAAGAGUCACAUGUACGUCCACACAGGAGAGAAACCGUUUACUUGUGGUGUUUGUAGUAAAGGAUUUUCUCGGCAGGUGUAUCUAAAAAGUCAUUCAAAGGUCCAUACAGCACCGUUUAGCUGUAGUGACUGUAGUAAAUGUUUUAUGAAUGAAAUACAGCUACAGCGGCAUGUGAGGUUCCACUCAGAGGAGAGACCGUUCAGCUGUGAUGUCUGUAAAAGCAGAUUUAAUCAAAAGAUUCAUCUUGAAAGUCAUAUGAGAGUCCAUUCAGGAGAAAAACCAUUUGUUUGCAGUGUUUGCAGUAAAGCGUUUUCCCGACCUGGAGAUCUGAACAGACACAUGGGUGUUCAUAAGGGCUGUAGCUUAUGAUUGAGAAAUCUGUCCAAAUCUGCUUUUAGACAGUCAACUGUUAUUUUGAUCCCUGCUCUCUGGAGGUUUAUCCUCUGACAUCGACAGUGUUUGAUGAAACCUUUUGAAAGUGUUUCACUUCUUUGAUCAGCUGUAAGUUAAAAUAUGGAAAACAUCAAACUUGGGAUGAGCACAGUUUGUCCAAAUGAGUUCAAAUAAAAAUCCUUACAUCGUUUCACAUUGUGUUUUUAGACAUGACGAAAGUGCAUUAAUGUCACCACAAGAUGGCAGCGAUACAUUUGCUGAAGAAGUAAACUAUAACACAGAGAGACUUCAGGCUGCAGAUUUUAUGUAGCAGAGCCCUGAAUGAAGCGGAAACGGACCCACUGUAAAUAAAAAUCGAAAUUAACAAUGAUAAUAAUAAACUGUACAAGACAAUUACAUAAAAUACUGUCCAGUUAUUACAAAUAAAAAUGAUUAUUUUUACUUGAACUGGCAGGAGGCGACAGCAGAGGUCCACCAGUGCUUAAAACAUGGAAAUUAUUUCACAAAGUUUGAAAAAAAAAAAAAGAACAGUGUGUACAGUAAAUCACCAGACAUCCAGAUCUGAUUACCGUAUGGUUAUUGCUACAGCUGCCCUCUGCUGCUGGGGCAUCAUGUGACAGGUCUUGCUCUUCUGAUUGGUGCUUGUGAUCUCUUGAAGGGAGAUACCACUAUUACAUCAGUAUCUUCAGUACAAGAGAAUUUUGUUUUGAUAUAUCUGAAUUAAUAACAUGUCAUAAAAUAGUAACCUUUUUUAUUGUAUUUAAUUUCUUAGAAUGAUCCACCUGCCAAGGCGUGCUCUGUGAAACUGGUUUUCUGUGAACACUAAAAUAUGACAUUUAAGGCGGAAAUGUUUUGUUCAAGAAUGGUGUUAAAAGCUAGCAAUACAAUUUAAUACUUAGUGCCUGCCUUAAUAAAAAUGAAUAAGAUGCAAAACUAUACAUGUCCCAUGUGUGUAAAAAAUAAAAUCCGGAAUCCCCAGUUUAAUAUAAUUGUCUUCUUUGCCCCGUUUAUCGUGUUUUUAAAUAGGAUAUAUGUUGGAUUGUACUGACACUUUUAGUGUUCAGUCUAAAAUGUGAAUACAUUUAAAUAAUGGAUAUUAUGUCUUUAUUUAUUUGUAUAUUUGUUCAAUAUAAAAUAUGUAGUCCGUUAUUAGGAUGAUUUUUAUUUAAUAAGCUGGAUGCAAUGGACUAAUAGUGGAGCUCUGCAAACUACAAAACCAUGUAUUUCUUCCAACUAGCAGAGCUCACUCCAUGCAGCGUGUUCAGGUUGGUGUUCUUGCUUUGUCAACAUCUUUUUAUUUUUUCAUCAGAGUUGUAUUUAUGUAACUAUUGCAGAGAAAGUGUUACGCUGACUUUGCUGCAAGCAGUGGUCAUGAACAGAAUUGUUUAUUGGAUUCAAGUCUGUCCUAGAAAACCAUCCUCUGUAGAUGGGAAUGAUUACUUUGGUAAAUAAAUAUAAAAAAUGUCUUGGUUGUAA